UAUGUGUUAUGGGCUGGGAUGGGGUGAUGGGCAGAUGAUUACCUUACCUAUAUAAGGACGCCUUGGUUUCGAGCUUUUGCAGCAAUCAUCUCAUCCUCUCAACACCAUCCUCGCCACACCGUCCUUCAACUACCGAAACUCGCCAAACACCAAACACAAUUACAAAAUGGCAACCCCCGACAUCGAAGCCGCCAAGAUCAAAUACGCCGGACGCCCGCGUGAAGACGUCAAAAUUCUCUACGACUACGAGCUCAAGAAUGCGCCCGGCAAGUCGCUGGUGGCGCUCGAGCUGAGCUACAAGCCCGGCGGCUGGAGCCCGCCGCACACGCACAACGGCGCCCAGGCCGUGGCGUACGUGCUCGAGGGCGAGUUCCUCAGCGGCAUGAACGGCAACCCGGCCAAGGUGUACAAGCCUGGCGAGCAGUUCCUCGAGCUGCCCGGCUGCCACCACACCGUCUCGGACAAUGCGAGCAUGACCGAGUCCAUGAAGGCUAUCGUGGUGCUGGUUAUGGAUACCGAGAAGCUGAAGGGCGAGAAGGGCUAUGCCGCCAUCACAGAGAUUGACCCGGGUUGGGAGUGGGCUUGAGUACACCUCGAAGGAGAGGCUUACGAAGCAAUAAAUAGGCUGGUGGCACAACUGAUACGAUACAAAGGAAGAAUAAAAGACCGAUUCCUG